AUGUCUGAUAAGAACAGCGCUAACAAUCGAAAGUUUAUAGGGGCUGUUGAUCAAGGUACUACAUCCUCACGGUUCUUGAUUUUCGACAAUCAAGGAACUAUAGUGACAUAUCAUCAACAGGAACUGCCUCAGUCUCAACCACAACAAGGCUGGCUGGAACAUGAUCCUAUGGACAUUUUCAAUUCAGUGAUUGAAUGUAUCAACAAAGCUAUCAGACGCUUCGAACUCAUGGGUUAUGAUAUGAAAGACAUCAUCACUAUUGGUAUCACAAAUCAACGAGAAUCUGCAGUUGUAUGGGACAAUAAAACAGGCGAACCGCUACGACCGACCAUUGUAUGGAGUGAUGUACGUACAGACGAGCUUGUGCACGAGUUGCAGAAAAAAGAGGGAUCUGAAAAAGUUAAAGAGCGGUCCGGAUUAGAUAUAACUUCGUAUUUCACAGCUGUCAAAUACCGUUGGAUGUUAAAUAAUGAUGAUGCUGUACAACGGGCUGUAAAAGAGCGGCGAGCAAGCUUUGGAACAGUUGAUAGCUGGUUAAUUUACAAAUUGACAGGCGGCAAAACACACGUAACAGAUGUUACCAAUGCCAGUCGUACUCUCUUGAUGAAUUUGAAAAAUUUGCAAUGGGACGAGGAGUUAUUAAAAUUCUUUGAUAUACCAGAAGAAACAUUACCUGAAAUUCGGUCCUGUUCAGAGGUGUAUGGGCAACUUCAAGUAGAUGAUUGUUUAUUAAAGGACAUACCAAUUGCUGGCUGUUUGGGCGAUCAACAAGCAGCGUUGGUAGGACAGAAAUGUUUUAGAAAAGGUCAAGCAAAAUGUACAUUUGGCACAGGUGCUUUUAUGCUGUUCAAUACGGGAGAAGAGUUGGUAAAGUCAAAGCAUGGGCUCAUUACCACCGUGGGCUUUAAAUUGGGCGAGAAGGCAAAGGCAAUUUACGCUUUGGAGGGUUCAAUGGCUGUAGCAGGGUCCUCAUUGAGAUGGUUAAGAGACAAUUUACGAUUGAUUGAUUCAAUGGAAGAAGUCAGCGGCUUGGCGGCCCAUGUUCCUGAUACAGGCGGCGUUUACUUUGUCACAGCAUUUUCUGGCCUAUUCGCUCCGUACUGGCGCGAUGAUGCUCGAGGAACAAUGAUCGGCCUUACCACGUUCACCAACAAAUAUCAUUUAGCUCGUGCUACACUUGAAGCCAUGUCCUUUCAGACGUAUGCUAUUUUGGAAGCUAUGAACAAAGAUGCUACAGAUGCCAAAAAUGAUGACGGUGAUAGUGACGACUUUUCACUUCAUACACUCAAAGUCGACGGUGGCGUAUCUAAUUCAGAUAUUGCUAUGCAAAUUCAGGCAGAUAUUUUAGGCAUACAAGUGGACCGGCCUUCGAUGAGAGAGACAACAGCAUUUGGAGCAGCUAUUGCAGCAGGGUUAGCAGCAGGUGUUUGGAAUGAUAUAGACGAUUUAGAAGAAUGUAUCCGGAACAAUUCAGAUAACGAUACGACUACCUUUCAAAGUAAGUUGUCGAAGGAAGAACGGGAAAAGAAACAUAAAAUGUGGCAAAAAGCCGUAGAAGCAUCACUGCACUAUAAAGAUAUUGAUGAAGAUGAAGAUGAAGAAGAAGGUGAAAACGAUGAUGAAGACAAAGAUGAACUACAUCAGAAAGACGGUGAUAAUGAAUCUCAUAAGGAAACAAAUUCAAAUACAAAACUGGAUUUCCAAGAAUUAUCUAUAUCAAAUAGAAAGGAAUAG